AUGACAUCCACCCCAGACUCUGUCAAGGAGGAGCUGUCUGCUGUUCUCAACAAACUUGGGCACCCAGUAUGCCCUGAUUGCACCGAACUCGCCCUACCAGAUUGCUGCCACAACGAGCCAGGAAGCCUCCGGAAGGAGCUUCAGGGCAUUUUUGGCAAAUGGAACUCCGUCAUCACAGAAGACGGGGUGCGCGAACCUACCCCAGUCUUCUACUGCCUAGAGGAAUGGCGCACGAUGGAGGACCUGUCUUCAGUGCAGCUGCAGCAGAACGACCUGGUCAAACUUGAAACUGCGUACGAAGCCGCCGCUGUGGCAGGCUUUGAUGUGUACUUGGCUCAUGUUCAUAUGGAGCAGAAGGGCUUCUCUUGGGACCAUGACCCUCAGGACUCAGCGGAUGACCUCGAGGAAGAGGGCGAGGAAGACCCGGAAACCAGUCAGGAAGGCUCAGAGCGUGGCGCAAACCCCGAUUUUGCCAAGAAUGAGCCCCUUGACGAGUCUGGCACAAGGAACGUUGUAGUGCCGCCGGAGGAGGAAGUGGAACGGCAAUGGUCUGUUGAGGUCCUCUACCAGAAGGAUCAGAAGCUCAUAGCAAGGUUGCCGCUCAACACUGGCGAGUUAUUGCAAGGGCCGGGCUUCUUCGAUGGAGAAGAACCAGAUGAUGAGGAGUAUGAGGAUGAUGGCAACGAUUGGCGGCUUGGCGCUUCUUACACUCGAGAGUUCUAUGCUUUGGCUCUUGCUAUUGUCCCCCGGGCAUCUAUCGGCAACUUGCUCUCGGGCGUAUUUGAGAGAGACCAGCCCGAAAAUGCUGGUUCCGUAUUAGAAUACUUUGCUACCAAGUGCAUAGAGCCGGAGAAGGACGAGCAGAGCUUUAAGGUCCUUCGCGGAGUCUGCUCGAAUUGGCCAGCACCACUACCAGAUGACGAGAGACCCUGGGUUGCAAUUCGCAAGAUGCAGCUCGUUGAAACUCUAGCUAUCCGCUACUACACCAUCGCAUUACUUUACGAGGAUCAGGACUUGUUCGACUCUGUUUGCGAGAGCCUAGAACCACUCUAUACUAUGGCGUUCUAUGACUGGCUUGGCAAAACCCUCAAAGGCACCACGCUGAACCUGACUGCGUUACGUCAACCGAUCACUCGAAAUAUUGCCGCGAUACCGAGGUUUGGAGACAGAUACGUCGCCGUUGUCACCUUGGACGCGCUGCAUGCAGAUGCACCUACAGAAAUGCUAGCGACCAGUAUAGAAGCCCUCAAUGCUUCCGUGAAAGCUUGCGAGCAGCAGAUCAUGUUCGAGCAAGACGGUGAGACGCUCCUCAUUGCAGCGCGCUUCUUCCAAAACCUGGCGUGGAUAGAAUCGCAUGUCAUUCCCCUCAUUGAAAAACGCCCGUACGACAUUGCAUUCGCGAUUGGUUUCAGCUGGCAGCUGUAUCAGUUCGCUGAACAGGGCAUUUUCCCGAAAGAAGAAGCGCUGAGUCUUGUCAAAACAGCCGUCAAUUCUGCCAUAGAGCACAUGCAAGCUUCCCUUCUUUUAAGCAUGGAGUCCUGGCAGGAUGAAAUGCAGCGAAGGGAGCAGAUAGCAAGGCUAUCUGGGGAGGUGGCAGACAACAAUACUCUGCCUCCUCCCCCUCCUAUGACGAGCGAUACAUUGAUAAACUUCGUUCAGAUCUUGGUUGACCUGAAAAUGACCACAGAGCUGAGCGCUAUGAUCGUCAAGAUGACCGAACAAGUCUCUCAGCUUUCGGAACAGGAGCUUAGCCGAUUAUACAUCCCAUUCCUCGGCAAACUCAUGGUAAAACUAUCUAUUCAUUCGGAUAAUUUCUCCUCCGAAGCAACAUACCAGUCUCUAUAUCUUGAAAUGAUCACAGCUUUUUGGCAAAAGCAUAUCACCACGGAACCUCAGUUCAAUUGGAGUCUCCAAAGUCAGGUUCUAGGGUGUGGGUGUGCCGCCUGCAACCAUCUGAACCACUUUCUCCAGAAUCCCUACCUUCGAACCACACGCCUUGAGUCGAGACGAUACGACAUCCACUUGGCGAGAACAUUUCACAGCCUAGCCAAGCAAAGCUGGGAUGCCCGAGGCUCUGGUGUCCAGGCCGUAUUUCAAGCAGCCGACCAACAUCAUCUGGCAACACUGCUGGGCAUACACUACCAAACACUCGUGGGCUUACCACCACCUGGUGCUCCCGUUUCAAGAACGCUGAAGACUACAGACGCCAAUAUAAGGGAGACUUUACAGAGCUCUACACCUCAGGGCCAGAGCAUAGGCCAGAGUCAGAUGCCACUGGUCUCAAUCCCAUCCAGUUACCCGCAGACAGGAGCGCGCAACGAGAUCUCGAAUUCACCUGGGUUAUCCUGUUCCGACAACCAGCCAUCCCAAUCUACUGAUAGUGAUCAGCUUGAGGCCACGUCUCGCAAGUCAAAAACGCACUCCGAUCCGACGCCUGCAUCUCAGUCACAAGGGUCGCAGCGAUACCACGCUUCACCGGAGACAUAUCAAUCCGGUGGAUCUGUUAUAUCGACAGCAACCUGCACAAAACGAAAGUUUGACACCCACACCGAAAGUCACUUCACGAUGGAUCAACCCAACCAAGAUAUGGAUAGUAAGGCAGUCAAGAUAUUAGAACCCCCAAUGGCAGGUAAUAUCAGUGGCCCGGGAUGCCUCUACGUGGAAUCCAAGAUAUCUAGGUCCGAUAUUCUGGACGAAGCGACGUACACCAAGUGGUACGAGGAGGAUCACAUCCCCGAGAUCCUCGAGACCUCGGGCAUCAAGUCCGCCCGCAGGUUCAGGGACAUCGACCCGAACGCGGACACGCCGUUUCUCGCCAUCUAUCCGCUGGAGGACGUGGCAUUUCUGACGAGCGACGAGUUCCGGCAGAUCAGCGUCAAGAGCGACCUCCUGCCCGACACUGGCCUCGUAUACAGCCUGGCGGACUUCGGCGUGCGGUACGACAACCUGAUCCAGGUCUAUGAUCCCACCAAGAAGGGCAAGGGCCACACGAAGAGCAUCAUAUCUGCGCAGAUCGAGUUGAAAGAGGAUGCAGACGCAGCGGACUUCGAUAGAUGGUACCGCGAAGAACAUCUCGACCUGCUCUCCAAGGCAAAGGGCUACCUCCGGUCGACGCGGUUCAAGAACGUAUACGCGCGGACCAAUGCGCAGUCACGGGCUCUAAAGGGCCUGUCCACGACGGACGAGCUAGCAGCGGCACCCUUGCCGCCCGUGUGGCUGACGAUCCAUGAGUUCGAGGUCGAAAGCCCCGAUCUGGCGGAGAUGAAGGCGCUGACGGCGUCGCCGUGGACCGAGAGGAUCUACGCGGAGCGCAAGCUGGGGAUUUUCAAGGUUUAUAAGCUUGUUGCCGAGUUUGGCCAGAAGGAUUGGUUUCAUGGUGUGGACGUGUAG